CGUUGCAGGAAACAAAAGGACCAGCGUGGCUGGAAUUUAAAGGGGAAAUUAAACAGUAAAAAUUAUUGUUGUGACUAAAGAAAAGACAGUGGUCGUUAAAGGAAUCCAUCGUAAUAGAAAUAAACUGUUAAGAAUCGGAGACCAGGAGGUGAAAAAGUCCAUGCUGAUGAACACGCUUCAUGCUUAAACUUCACACUGACCUCCUUCGCUUGGUAACAAGAACUUUCCAGUCCCACUUUUUCCCUCUCGGGCCUUCGAACACAGGUUAAGCCUGGGGUUUUCCCAAACUCCAUUCUCCCAGGGUUUCCAUCUCUCUUGCGGGGUCUUCAGUGCAGACACCAUGGCUGAACAGAGGUUCUGUGUGGAAUAUGCCAAGCGAGGCACAGCCGGCUGUAAGAAGUGCAAGGAUAAGAUUAUGAAGGGGCUGGUACGUAUUGGUAAGGUGGUCCCCAAUCCCUUCACUGAAUCCGGGGGUGAUAUGAAGGAGUGGUACCACGUCAAGUGCAUCUUUGAAAAGUUUGAGAAGGCUCGGGCUACCACCAAGAAAAUCGAGGACAUUACUGACCUGGAGGGCUGGGAAGAACUGCAGGAUGAGGAGAAGGAGCUCAUCAACAAACACAUCUCAGACUUGGCUGCCAAGGCUGCUGCUAGCCCCAAGAAGAAGGUCCAGGCCAAGCUGAGCCCUGGUGGCCAGUUGACCUCCCCCUCCACCCAACUGACCAGCCCCUCUCCCCGCAAGUUCUCAGGAUUCUCAGCUACGAAGCCUGGGCCCUCAAGUCCGGCUCCUGCCACACAGGGCAGUAAGCUCUCUGCACAGUACUGUGACCCCACCCAUAAGGACUGCCUGUUCAGGGAGUUCCGUAAGCUGUGCGCCAUGGUGGCUGACAAGCCCAGUUACAACGUCAAGACCCAGAUCAUCCAGGACUUCCUGAGGAGGGGCUCGGCGGGAGAUGGUUUCCAUGGAGACCUGUUCCUGACGGUGAAGCUGCUGCUUCCUGGAGUAAUCAAGAGUGUUUACAACCUGAACGACAAGCAGAUUGUCAAGCUGUUCAGCAGAAUCUUCAACUGUAACCAGGAAGAGAUGGUCCGGGACCUUGAGCAGGGCGAUGUCUCAGAGACGAUUCGAAUGUUUUUUGAAGGUAGCACGUCUUUUCCUCCGCCGUCGAAGAGCUUGCUGACUAUCCAGGAGGUGGACACGUUCCUGGAGCGACUGUCUCAACUCACGAAGGAAGACGAGCAGCAGAAAGAGCUGGAGGACAUCUCCAGGAAAUGCACAGCCAAUGAUCUGAAAUGCAUCAUCCGACUCAUUAAGCACGAUUUGAAAAUGAACUCUGGAGCCAAACAUGUUCUGGAUGCAGUGGACCCCAAUGCAUAUGAUGCCUUCAAGGCCUCGCGGAACCUAGGAGACGUGAUAGACAGAGUCCUGAGGAACCAGCAUGAAGCUGCGAGCAGCUCUGGGCCUAGGAAGAUCCUGAGUGUGGAGGCCUCACUCAUGACCCCUGUGCAGCCCAUGCUGGCCGAGGCAUGCAAGUCGAUCGAGUAUGCCAUGAAGAAGUGUCCCAACGGGAUGUACUCCGAGAUCAAGUACGACGGAGAGCGCGUGCAGGUGCACAAGAACGGAGAUCACUUCAGCUACUUCAGCCGCAGCCUGAAACCUGUGCUGCCACACAAAGUGGUUCACUUUAAGGAGUUCAUUCCCCAGGCCUUCCCCGGGGGGAACAGCAUAAUCCUGGAUGCGGAGGUGCUGCUGAUCGACACCAGCACCAGUAAACCACUGCCAUUCGGGAGCCUGGGGGUGCAUAAGAAAGCAGCCUUUCAAGAUGCUAAGGUCUGCCUCUUUGUGUUCGACUGCAUCUUCUUCAACGGAGUGAGUCUAAUGGACAGGCCUCUGCGUGAACGAAAGAAGUUUCUUCAUGAAAACAUGGUGGAGAUCCCAAACCGGAUUCUCUUCUCUGAAAUGAAGCAUGUUACUAGGGCUGCUGAUCUUGCUGACAUGAUCACACGAGUGAUCCGAGAAGGCUUGGAGGGGCUGGUGCUGAAGGAUGUCAAGGGUCUCUAUGAACCUGGGAAGAGGCACUGGCUGAAGGUGAAGAAGGACUACCUGAAUGAAGGAGCCAUGGCAGAUACUGCUGACCUGGUGGUAUUGGGGGCCUUCUAUGGGACUGGCUCCAAGGGCGGGAUGAUGUCCGUUUUCUUGAUGGGUUGCUAUGAUCCUGCAUCCCAAAUGUGGUGCACGGUGACCAAGUGUGCGGGCGGGCACGACGAUGCCACCCUCGCACGACUGCAGAGCGAGCUGGACAUGGUGAAGAUCAGCAAGGAACCAAGUAAAAUCCCUGGCUGGUUAAAAAUCAACAAAAACUACUAUCCAGAUUUCGUAGCUCGUGAUCCCAAGAAAGCUGCGGUAUGGGAGAUCACAGGUGCAGAGUUCUCCAAGGCAGAAGCUCACACCGCUGACGGCAUCUCCAUACGAUUCCCACGAUGCACCCGUAUCCGUGACGACAAGGACUGGCAGAGCGCAACCAACCUGCCGCAGCUCAGGGAGUUGUUCCGCUUAUCGAAGGAGACAUCUGAUUUCGAGGUGACCGCGGGCCCUUCGAAGAGCUCCUCAGGGAGGGAGAGUGUGGGCAGCACCCCUCCCUCCACCUCCACUGCCAGCUCCAGCAAGCUCACCGCUGCAAGCAGCAACAGCACCCCGAGAGUGCCCCCUCCUGUUAAGAUUGAGAACCCUUCAGCUGGGAAAGCUGUCAAGAGGAAACAGCCUGCAGAGGAAAAGCACACAAAGAAGUUGAAAAAAUCAGAAACCUUGCAAAGCAAUGGGCAAAGCAAAGUGAAAGCCGAGUCGUCUCAGCCCAUAGCACCCACUCAGGAGAAGCAGACUCUGCUUGAUAUAUUCACUGGGGUAAAGCUGUACCUUCCAGACUCGGUCCAGGAUUUCGGAAAGCUACGCCGUUAUUUUGUUGCCUACAAUGGAGACCUGGUGCCUGAAUACGAUGCAGCCAUGGCAACACACAGUGUGGGGGAGCUGGGCGAGGCGUCGGAGGCGAAGCGUGUCACCACACACUGGAUCUGGGAGUGUAUCAGGCGGCGCAGGGUCGUGCCACCUUGCUAAGGCUGCAGCUUCCCCCCCUCAAUACUGUGCAGGAUAUGUGUAGAACUGGGACCUGGAGCAGUGAAUCACAACUUUAAGAACUAUUGUCAAAGAAAUGAAACCGGAAUAUUGCUCAUCUAUUAUUUGAACUUUGUCAUGGAGAGAUUUAUUAUAGAAAGAGGGUUUUUCCAAAUCUAUGACUUACGUAAAAUAAAAGAACAUUUUGAAGUGCUAAAAUGAAAUAAAUGCAAUGAUAACACUA